AUGCUACCGAACAUACUCUGGAGCGCUCUGCUCCUUGCCAUGACCACAGCCGCACAACUCGAACCUCUUCACACCUCUUCAAGAUGGAUCCUUGACGCGAAUAACAAGCGCUUCAAAUUACGCUGCCUCAACUGGGCCGGCCACAUGGAAGCCCACCUUCCCGAAGGCCUGCAACAUCAAUCCGUUGACACACUCGCAAAAUGGGUCGCAGACCAAGGUUUCAACUGCGUGCGCCUUACCUUCAGCAUCGACAUGGCACUAGACCAAGGCCUCAAAGUCUCCGACUCGUGCUCCACGCUAGCAGAGCGUACGGGUGCCCCUGCCGACGCAGUAGCAGAUUUAUGGUCCCGCGUGAAAUCGAAGAACUCCUGGAUCGAAAACAUCUCUGUGGGCGAAGCCUUCGGGCACGUUGUUGACGCUUUGGGAGAAGCAGGAUUGAGAGUCAUCUUAGACAACCACGUCAGCAAAGCAAGCUGGUGCUGCAACCUUGACGACGGAAAUGGCUGGUGGGAUGAGGCGCAAGUGUAUGUCGACUCUAACUCGCGCUUCUUCAACACCACCAACUGGGUAUCCGGCCUGCGCGCCAUGGCCCAGUUCUCCGCAAACCACCCCGCCGUCGCAGGCAUAGGCUUGCGCAAUGAGAUCCGCGAGGUCCCCGUCAUACAGGGCCGCGACGCCUGGUAUGAAUACAUCGUAAGAGGCGCACACGCCGUGCACGACACAAAUCCUGAUUUACUGGUGGUGAUGGGUGGCACGUUGUCUAGCACAGACAUCAGCUUCCUGCGCAACAAGCCGCUCGACCGGUCGCCCUUCGGCGAUAAAGUCGUCUACGAGUGGCACCACUACACGUUCUCCCCGAAUUGGAUCGCAUCGUUCAAGACCUGCAGCAUCUGGAAGAGCGCCACCGUUGGGGGCACCUCUGGUUUCUUGCUACAACAAGGUAAAGACUACACCGGUCCGCUUUGGCUGAGUGAAUUCGGCUUCUCCCAAGCUGGAGGCCCGCCUGAGCGUCAUGGUAUCGAAACUCAAGAAGACUACGAUUACUUAACGUGUUUGGUGGAUUACGUCAAGGGGAAUGACGGGGAUUGGGCGUUGUGGGCUAUCCAGGGGAGUUACUAUGUCAGGGAUGGAGUGGUGGAUAAGGAUGAGAGUUGGGGUGUGCUGAAGAGUGACUUUUCGGAUUGGAGAAAUCCGGGCGUGAAGGACGUUAUUGCGGAUUUGUUCAAGGUCACGCAAGGGCCGUGA